AUGCAUCGUAACGAUGACGCGCGCUUAGCUCACGCACUAGCUCCGACUCAUAGCGUGCACGAACUGCUGAAACAGAUAGGCGAUGAUGAGCUAACCAAGUUUGCUGGUUUUGUUGUCGGCCACGACACCUUCCUAUCUCCCUCAAAUUCUGUUCGCCUUUUCUCAUAUACCUGUCCGAUUGCAGGCUUGUGUGCCCAGGCUGUGGGUGUGAAAGUUCGGGACAGUUUCGAUUUCCUGGGGAAAUCUCGUUUCAGCAACGUAUCCAUAUUUGAUCUUCUGGGCCCUUACGCAAAUAAUACCCCACGUUGGUAUCCGAAAGAAACCGAUUACACAAUGCCCACAUUCAAUCUGUCCAAAGUAUCUGUAUUGAAACUGGACACGUUUUACAUGCGUACUCUGGUGCAUAUAGGACAACAUUCGUGUUUAGCUCGUUCGACCGAGACCCUAUCUAUCGAUGUGUUUUAUUUACGCCUCUCUAGGGACCUUCGAGCCCCGGCUUUCGGUCCUGCUGGCGCUCGUAUGGCUCUCAUUGCGAAAUCUGAAACAGUCCUGGUUAACAAUAGGUUGUGUGCAGUGACACAGAUGAUGUUUUUGGUCAAGUAUAUGUUGCUCACACUUUGGUCGUCACACAUACGCAUCGUUUCGGGUCAUUAG